UCUUCAACUGCUCGAAUUUUCUGCUGAAAAUUUUGGUCAUCCUCUCUUAAUUUGUGAUGGAAAUUGCAGUUGCUAUUGGAGGUGCUCUUCUAGCACCUGCCUUUGAGUCUUUGUUUCAUAAGUUAGGCUCCCAGGAUUUGCUCAAUUAUGCCCGUGAAGGACAUGUGCUGACUGAAAUCAACAAGUGGAAGUGGAAGGAGAUGUUGAAGAUCAUUUAUGGGGUUCUUGCGGAUGCAGAGGAGAAGCAGAUGGUGAGCAGGGCGGUGAAGACGUGGGUAAGCCAGUUGAGGAACCUGGCAUAUGAUUUGGAGGACAUUCUUGAUGAGUUUGAUUUUGAGGCUCGUCGAUCCAAGUUGAAAGCUAAACCUGUGACUGGUUCAAGUAGGGUACGAAAGCUCUCAAGUAGGGUACGAAAGCUCAUCCCUAAUAUUCGUGCUGUUAAAUUCAAUAGAGAGAUGGUUUCCAAGAUAAAGGGAAUUAGUUCCCAAUUAGCAAAGAUCACCUCACAAAGAAAUGAACUAGAUUUGAUAGAAAGUACCGGUAGUUUGAAGGAAAGAAUUCCUGCGACGUGCUUGGUGAAUGACGCCGAGAUUUAUGGGAGGGAGAAAGAUAAGAAGGCGAUUCUUGAACUUUUGAAUUCUGAAUCGACUGAUGGAAGGGUCGCUCUGAUUUCUAUAAUUGGACUGGGAGGUAUUGGUAAGACAACUCUAGCGCAGCUUAUCUUUAAUGAAGCUGGAAAGAAGUUUGAUUUGACGGCUUGGGUUUCUGUCGGUGAAGAUUUUGACGUGGUUAGACUUACAAAAAUAGUUCUUCAGUCGGUUGGUGGAGAUCUUACUUCCAACGAUUUUAAUUCGCUUCAAUUAAACUUGAAGGCAAGGCUGUCGGAGAAGAAGUUUUUUAUGGUUCUAGAUGAUGUUUGGUACGAGAAUUAUGACCAUUGGACAGACUUUCUUCGCCCGUUUGAGAAUGGGGCAAAAGAAAGUAGAAUUAUCGUCACAACUCGCAAUCUUGGCGUUUCACGGACGAUGGGUGCUAUUCAAAGUUAUACACUUAGAGUGUUGGAGAAUGAUGAUUGCCUGUCUGUGUUUGCCCAUCAUGCUCUUGGAGUAUCAAAAAGUUAUACACUUAGAGUGUGGAGGAAUUGA